AUGUUCACGGAAUUUGACGCCAAGUACAGUAUGUAUCAUAAACCAGUCUGGCAAGGAACUCCUGUCCCAUCAUAUGGUACUUACGAACCAAUCGCGCCAGAACCCCUUUAUGACGAGGAUUUCACCAGACAAGAGAACUACCAACACUUAUUGAACAUGUCGAUGGAGAUUAUAAAAGAUGUGUAUGUGAAAGAAAGACAUUUGGUGAAAGUCCAGAGGAAGUAUAAAGCUGAUGUUAAAUACAAGUUAGGAUCGAUGGUUGCUGGUACAGUGGAGAAAUUCACCAAAAUGGCGAAGAUAUUCAGGUUUUAUGUCAGGCCGCUUAUUUAUGACGUGUCAAGUGCAAAUGAGAGACUACACACCCACGCAACGAUUUCAAUGAUACAGGGUUAUCAAGUCAUGCAGGGCGAAUACAACGAAUUGAGAAUAGAAAGUGAAUUGUAUUUUGAUUUCAUUGGAAACAACGAAAAGGCAGAGAAAGAGAACGAGGAAACAACAGCAGUGACACCGCCGAGUAUAGAGACAAUACAGGAGCAUAUUGACGUUGACAACUGGGAAAGCCUGAGUGAAGCAGAACAAUUGGCGAAAAUUGAAGAAAUGAAGGCUUCUUUGGGUGCUGAUGGUGGUGGAUUCGCACGUAGGCGUAUGGCCCGCGGUUUUAAGCGUUCUAAGUUACGCUUUACACCGGACGCAGCUCAGGAAGAAUAUAAAAGAAGCCUCAGGUACCAAGCAUGGGCUAAGAAAUGGAAUGGUUUCAACCCCAAGACGGAAGGUAUCGAAAUAAGUAAACCUCUGGCUAAACUGGGGCGAAAUAUGAGCAAAUUUUUGAACGUGAAUUCGUUUUAA